AUAACUCGUGUUAUGGAACAGCAAGUGAGUGAUGAAGAAGAACCUCAACCUGUAGUCCUUAGAGAAGAGAACCGGAGGAGGAGAAGAAAGAUGAAAGCCUUUACCUCCACCUCCUCCGUGGCCAUGGACCAGAUAGCCGUCGAGUUCAUCCUCCCCACCACCACUAAGAGUAGCCACAGCCCUGACACCUUGCUCCUGGAGGUGGCUGGGAACUGGACGGUGGAGCAGGUGAAAGCCCAGGUGUGGCUGAGGGCAGUAGCCACCAAACCUGUGCCCUGAGUUCUAUCAGAAGUACUCCCCUGAUCACUGUAUCCUGCUCUACCAGAAGAAGGGCAACUGGUGUGAGAUCUAUGACAAGCACCAGGUGUUUCAGACCCUGGACUGCAUCCGCUACUGGAAAGGUAGAAGCUUUUAGUCCUAAAUCUGUCUUUUAUAUCGUUGAAUUUUUGUAUAUAUUUUAUUGUGAGUUGUAUUGAGAUGUUUUAAUAAAGUUGUAUUUGAUUCGAAAGCUCUGAAGAAAGAUGUGGGGAAGAUCCACCUGACGUGCAGGCCUCAGCCCUCUGAGGAGUCCACACAGUACCAGAGGUACCUCAACUACCUGAUUGGCUACGACGUCACCGACGUCAGCAACGUGCACGAUGACGAGCUGGAGUUCACCCGGAGGAAGCUCCUCACACCCCGCAAGAUCGAGCUGUCCGACCGGGACCCCCAAACUCUACUCAAUGGACCCUUGGAUCACAUCCAAGCCCCUCCCGGAGUACCUGCUCACCAAGGUAUGUAACCCCUAACCUGGCUGCUCCAGGGGUGCAGCUAUGCGGGCGACCCUGUGCUGCUUGCCUCCUCCCAGCCUGUUCUGUGUUGGGUGAUACAGUAUAGCUGGGUACUAUGACAGCAAAAAAUAGCCAAUUUCCAUUGUCUCUGUAUCAUGGAUCAAUAAAGAUUAAAUAAUGUUUGAUUCUAGGUGACCAACAGCCACAUCCUGCUGGUCAUUCACAGGAACAAGGCCAGCCAGACCAUCAAGGUGUCCAUCGACGACACGCCCGUCCAGGUGCUCCAGACCUUCUUUACGAAGAUCUCCAAUAAGAGGGCUCUGCUGGGAGUUCCUGAGGAUGUGUGUGAGGCAGACUACGUCCUGAGGGUGUGUGGCAGGGAAGAGUAUAUCUAUGGGAACCACCCGGUCAGGGACUUCCACUGGGUCCGACAGUGCCUGAAGAACGGGGAGGAGAUCCAUCUGGUUCUGGAGUCGGCUCCUAAUCCGGAUCAAGACCUGGUCCAGAGAGAGGACUGGGCACAGGUGGAUGACUGUACUGGAGUGGCAGGUAGGCUAGCAUCAAUAUUCCCAUAGUAAUCAUAUCAGAAUAUUUCACCAAUAGAUUACAAUUUACAAUAAGCGCUUUUCAUAAAGUAAACAAACUCCCCAAGCCCAUAGAGUUGUGCCACAAUAACCAAUAUUAUAGCACAUUGAUUUGACUGUGGAAAGUAUUGCUUUGAUGAUUAAGAUUAUUCCUAUUACUCUGUUCCAACAGGCACCCAUGAGCAGCUGACGAUCGACGAGAAAGACCAUGAGCGGGUCUUCACCAUCUCUCUGUGGGACUGUCACAGGAAGUUCAGAGUUAAAGUCCUGGGCAUAGACAUCCCGGCCCUGCCGAGGAACCCAGAGCUGAUCGUGUUUGUGGAGGCCAGUAUCUUCCAUGGCCAGCAGCUCCUGGCUCAGGAGAGAACCUCCUCCAAGGCUUUCACUGAGGAGGUGCUGUGGAACACCUGGCUGGAGUUUAACAUACGUAUCAGAGAUCUGCCCAAGGGGGCUCGCCUCAGCCUACAGGUAAACUGGUGAACUGUAUAAUGGGAUUUGUUUAGCCUGGCAGCCAUAUCUAUAUUUGCUUUAGCCAACUUCUUUGUUGUGAACAUGCUAUUAUUUCUGGGAUUUUUUUGUAGAAUACCAGUCUAUUAUUUGGGAAUAUAAUAUGAAUCACAACUUAAUUAAAUUAAUUGCAAUUUAACUCUAUUCUAUUUUCUCCUCUCCCCAGGUGUCCUGUGGGAAGGCCCAGACCCAGAUCUCUAAGGGCACCUCCUCCUACCAGGACAAUGGAGGAUCCCCAGUUGGAGGUGGCAGCGGCAGCCAUGAUGGUAAUAAGACUAAGAGUCGUCUGCUGUACUACGUCAACCUGCUGCUGGUGGACCACCGCUCGCUGCUGCGCCAGGGAGAGUUCAUCCUCCACAUGUGGAAGAUGCCUGAGAAGACCGAGGACAACAGCAGUGUCAACGCAGACAAGCUGACCUCGGCCACCAACCCAGACAAGGCCUCCUCCAUGGCCGUAGCCAUCCUGCUGGACAAGUACUGCUACCCAGUGGCCCUGCCCAAGAGCAGGGAGGGCAAGGAGGCUGGGGGGGAGGGUCGGGAGGACCGAGGGAGGGGAGAGGGGGCAAAGGGAGAUGCCUAACCACCUGAGGAAGCAGUUUGAGGCAAUUGUUGAGACCGAUCCACUGCACCCUCUCAGCCAAGAAGACAAAGAGCUGUUGUGGCACUUCAGAGAGGAGUGUAUGCGUCACCCCAGGUAGGACUGACUGGCAUGGUCAUGUAAUACAAAUUACUGAAUAACUUUGAGUAAUCUGAGUUUAUAACACAGAAGCACUUGUUUCAACCCAAUGCCAUCUUUCUGUAAGAGUAUCACUGAGAUCCUUCUGUGAAUAUGAUUCAUUGCGAUUUUGGGGAGUUUUAUUGAAAUGUUGUAAAACUCCCUACUGUCUCCUCCCAGGGCGUACCCCAAGCUGCUGGGCUCUGUACGGUGGGGUAGACAGGAGGCUGUGCUGGCCACCCAUAGGCUGUUGGAGAGGAGCUCUGUGUGGGACCGUAGUGUGCUGGAUGUGGGCCUGGCCAUGCAGCUGUUAGACUGCCACUACUCUGAUGCUCACGUCCGCUCCAUGGCAGUACGCAAGCUGGAGACCCUGGGGGACGACGACGUCCUGAGAUACCUGCUGCAGCUGGUCCAGGUGAGUUAGUCAGACUUGUUGGAACCAACAUUUGUCUGAUAAAUGUCUGAUGUGUUUCAGUCUUGGUUCUGUCAAGAUUCGGUCUGUGCCAUAGAGGAACCGAGUUUCGUUACCCAGCCCUUGUCAUGCAAGUUGAUGUUUAUUGUCAUGAGUCUUGUCCUGGAGGCAGAACAGAGCGAUUUCCCCUUAAAUAGGCCAGCUGCAAAGUCAAAAUUGGCUAUAUUGUAAAAAUUAAGGUUAGGUUUACGCAUUAAGGUUAGCAGUUUGGUUAAGGUUAGGGUUAAAAUCAGAUUGUAUUACCGGUACUUUGUGGCUGUGCUAGCUAGGGACCACUCUAGGGCAGAGCUACCUCCAGAACAAGAUUCAUGACGAGAAAGACUAACCUGCCCUAGUCAUAGGUGGUUGGUCUACCUGUCUCUGAGUGUAGAAGCACACAUAAAAACAAAGUAGUUGUUUACAUUGACUAGAAAAAACACAAUAACAACCUUUACAGACAACACUUCCCUUUUACCUGGUGUUUUCCCUGUGGGUAGUUUUGCAUGUGACAUUCGUCAGUGUAUAGUUAAAUAAACUGUCACUACUGUCAACAAUGAGGCCUUGGUUAAACAUGCAAAACAGUAUGUCUCCUUCUGUCGUUGACAGAGGUACAGCCUUAGUAUGAAAAAAUCCCCAAACUGGAAGAUAGUUUAGAAUGUUGCAUUACAGUUUAUUGAAACAUUUAGCUUGUAUUUAUGUUGAGAAAAAUGCAUAUGGGUGCUCUGCUGUGUUUUUCAGGCUGUGAAGUUUGAGCCGUACCAUGACAGUGCCCUGGCCAGGUUCCUGCUGAAGAGAGCUCUCAGGAGUAAGAGGAUAGGUCAUUUCCUGUUCUGGUUCCUGAGGAGUGAGAUAGCCCAGUCCAUGCACUACCAGCAGAGGUACGCUGUGCUGCUGGAAGCCUAUCUCCGAGGCUGUGGAGAGGACAUGCUGCAGGACUUCAGACGCCAGGUGGGUGAUCGUAUAGCCUCGACCCCAGCCGUAAACAAGAGUAUGGUGUGAUGGGACACAGUAGGAGUGGGUGAGGAGAGUUCAUCCUCCUUAUAAUGUGACUGUAGGGCUUUGACUAUUGGAAAUAUACAGUCGUGAUUCAUCAGAGAAAAUGACUACCCCAGUCCUCAGCAGUCCAAUCCCUGUACCUUUUUCAGAAUAUCAGUCUGUCCCUGAUGUUUUUCCUGGAGAGAAGUGGCUUCCUUGCUGCCCUUCUUGACACCAGGCCACCCUCCAAAAGUAUUCGCCUCACUGUGCGUGCAGAUGCACUCACACCUGCCUGCUGCCAUUCCUGAGCAAGCUCUGCACUGGUGGUGCCCCGAUCCCGCAGCUGAAUCAACUUUAGUAGACGGUCCUGGUGCUUGCUGGACUUUCUUGGGCGCCCUGAAGCCUUCUUCACAACAAUUGAACCUCUCUCCUUGAAGUUCUUGAUGAUCCGAUAAAUGGUUGAUUUAGGUGCAAUCUUACUAGCAGCAAUAUCCUUGCCAGUGAAGCCCUUUUUGUGCAAAGCAAUGAUGACGGCACGUGUUUCCUUGCAGGUAACCAUGGUUAACAGAGGAAGAACAAUGAUUUCAAGCACCACCCUCCUUUUAAAGCUUCCAGUCUGUUAUUCUAAUUCAAUCAGCAUGACAGAGUGAUCUCCAGCCUUGUCCUCGUCAACACUCUCACCUGUGUUAAUGAGAGAAUCACUGACAUGAUGUCAGCUGGUCCUUUUGUGGCAGGGCUGAAAUGCAGUGGAAACGUUUUUGGGGGAUUAAGUUCAUUUUCAUGGCAAAGAGGGACUUUGCAAUUAAUUGCAAUUCAUCUGAUCACUCGUCAUAACAUUCUGGAGUAUAUGCAAAUUGCCAUCAUAAAAACUGAGGCAGCAGACUGAAAAUUAAUAUUUGUGUCAUUCUCAAAACUUUUGACCACGACUGUAUAUAUAAAUCCCAGGACAACUAGAGGUUGCUAAAGUGUCAGAUAACGAGGAUAUGAAUAAAGAAUAAUCCAAUUAAUUAUCAUCAACAGGUGGAGAUGACAGAAGCCCUGCAGAAAGUCACCAGGGAGAUCAAGGCCAUGUCUGCUGAGAAAUAUGAUGUUUCUGCACAAGGUGAGCCUGUCACCUCAAGUCAACGUACCUAGUAUAAGAGAUCAAGAUGAAUUCAUAUAUACAUGAAUAUGUAAUGAAUCCUGGUGGUAUGUUCAGUUGUGUUCCAGCUGCGUCAGAAGCUGGAGGUCCUGCAGACGUCUGGGCUGCCAGAGAGCUUCAGAGUGCCCUAUGACCCGGGUCUACGGGCUGGUGCUCUGGUGGUGAGUGGAAUAAUACCUAUCCAUCUCUAUUCUACCGCCUCUUAUUUUCCUCCAUGUCUCCUCUCACCUGUCUCCAUCCCUUUCUUUACCAUCAUUUCCUGUAUCCUCCUCAUUCUUACUCCUCCAUUCUCUCCUGUGUUUGACUGUAAACAUGGGUUCCUCUCUUCAGAUAGAGCAGUGUAAGGUGAUGGCCUCUAAGAAGAAACCGUUGUGGCUGCAGUUUAAGAGGGCUGACCCCACUACCCUGUCCAGUGACACCAUCGGGGUCAUCUUUAAGGAUGGGGAUGACCUCAGGCAGGACAUGCUCAUUCUACAGGUGUGUGGGCUUGCCUUCUCAAUGGGUUAGGCAAACUGUCCGCCAUGUUGGCACCAAAUGUUCCAUGACAACGACAUUCUCCUCCUUUAGAUUCUGCUGAUCAUGGAGUCCAUAUGGGAGGAAGAGUCUUUGGACCUGUCCUUAUUGCCCUAUGGCUGUAUCUCUACUGGGAAUAAAAUAGGUAUGUCAACUGACUUUACACUGUCAUGAUGCUUUAAUAAUAAUAUAUUAUAACAUAUAUAAUAUAUAUAUAAUAUAUACUGUAUAAAUAAUAAUAUACAGUUGAAGUCGGAAAUGUACAUACACUUAGGUUGGAGUCAUUAAAACUUGUUUUUCAACCACUCCACAAAUUUCUUGUUAACAAACUAUAGUUUUGGCAUGUCGGUUAGGACAUAUACUUUGUGCAUGACACAACAAUUGUUUACAGACAGAUUAUUUCACUUAUAAUUCACUGUAUCACAAUUCCAGUGGGUCAGAAGUUUACAUACACUAAGUUGACUGUGCCUUUAAACAGCUUGGAAAGUUCCAGAAAAUGAUGUAAUGGCUUUAGAAGCUUCUGAUAGGCUAAUUGACAUCAUUUGAGUCAAUUGGAGGUGCACCUGUGGAUGUAUUUCAAGGCCUACCUUCAAACUCAGUGCCUCUUUGCUUGACAUCAUGGGAAAAUCAAAAGAAAUCAGCCAAGACCUCAGAAAAAAAAUGGUAGACCUCCACAAGUCUGGUUCAUCAUUGGGAGCAAUUUCCAAAUGCCUGAAGGUACCACGUUCAUCUGUACAAACAAUAGUAUAAACACCAUGGGACCACGCAGCCGUCAUACCGCUCAGGAAGGAGACGCAUUCUGUGUCCUAAAGAUGAACGUACUUUGGUUCGAAAAGUGCAAAUCAAUCCCAGAACAACAGCAAUGGACCUUGUGAAGAUGCUGGAGGAAACAGGUACAAAAGUAUCUAUAUCCACAGUAAAACGAGUCCUAUAUCGACAUAACCUGAAAGGCCGCUCAGCAAGGAAGAAGCCACUGCUCCAAAACCGCCAUAAAAAAGCCAGACUACGGUUUGCAACUGCACAUGGGGACAAAGAUCGUGCUUUUUGGAGAAAUGUCCUCUGGUCUGAUGAAACAAAAAUAGAACUGUUUGGCCAUAAUGACCAUCGAUAUGUUUGGAGGAAAAAGGGGACUGCUUGCAAGCCGAAGAACGCCAUCCCAACCGUGAAGCACGGGGGCGGCAGCAUCAUGCUGUGGGGGUGCUUUGCUGCAGGAGGGACUGGUGCACUUCACAUAAUAUAUGGCAUCAUGAGGACGGAAAAUGAUGUGGAUAUAUUGAAGCAACAUCUCAAGACAUCAGUCAGGAAGUUAAAGCUUGGUCGCAAAUGGGUCUUCCAAAUGGACAAUGACCCCAAGCAUACUUCAAAAGUUGUGGCAAAAUGGCUUAAGGACAACAAAGUCAAGGUAUUGGAGUGGCCAUCACAAAGGCCUGAUCUCAAUCCUAUAGAAAAUGUGUGGGCAGAACUGAAAAAGCGUGUGCGAGCAAGGACGCCUACAAACCUGACUCAGUUACACCAGCUCUGUCAGGAGGAAUGAGCCAAAAUUCACCCAACUUAUUGUGGGAAGCUUGUGGAAGGCUACCCGAAACGUUUGACCCAAGUUAAACAAUUUAAAGGCAAUGCUACCAAAUACUAAUUGAGUGUAUAUAAACUUCUGACCCACUGGGAAUGUGAUGAAAGAAAUAAAAGCUGAAAUAAAUCAUUCUCUCUACUAUUAUUCUGACAUUUCACAUUCUUAAAAUAAAGUGGUGAUCCUAACUGACCUACAGUGAGGGAAAAAAGUAUUUGAUCCCCUGCUGAUUCUGUACGUUUGCCCACUGACAAAGACAUGAUCAGUCUAUAAUUGUAAUGGUAGGUUUAUUUGAACAGUGAGAGACAGAAUAACAACAAAAAAAUCCAGACAAACGCAUGUCAAAAAUGUUAUAAAUUGAUUUGCAUUUUAAUGAGGGAAAUAAGUAUUUGACCCCUCUGCAAAACAUGCAAAACAUGACAAAACAUGACACACCACCACCACCAUGCUUGACCUUUGGUAUGAUGUUCUUACUGUGGAAUGCAGUAAGAACUGACUCAAGUUUGCCAAACAGCACCAGGAUGAUCAUCAAGACUCUUGGAAGAACAUUAUAUGGACAGAUGAAUCAAAAGUAUAACUUUUUGGACGACAUGGUUCCAGUAAUGCCUGGCGAAAACCAAACUCUGCAUUCCACAGUAAGAACAUCAUACCAAAGGUCAAGCAUGGUGGUGGUGGUGUGAUGGUUUGGGGAUGCUUUGCUGCCUCAGGACCUGGACGACUUGCCUUAAUAGAAGGAACCAUGAAUUCUGCUCUGUAUAUGAGAAUUCUACAGGAGAAUGUCAGACUAUCCGUCUGUGAGCUGAAGCUGAAGCGCAGCUGGGUCAUGCAGCAAGACAAUAAUCCAAGACAUACAAUCAAGUCUACAUGACAAUUGCUAAAAAGCAACAAAUUGGAAGUUUUGGAAUGGCCUAGUCAAAGUCCAGACCUAAUCCCAAUUGAGAUGUGGCAGGACUUGAAACGAGCAGUUCAUGCUUGAAAGCCCACACGUCACUGAGUUAAAGCAGUUCUGCAUGGAAGAGUGGGCCAAAAUUCCUCCACAGUGACAUGAGAGACUGAUCAACAACUACAGGAAGCAUUUGGUUGGAGUCAUUGCAGCUAAAGGUGGCACAACCAGUUAUUGAGUGUAAGGGGGAAAUUACUUUUUCACACAGGGGAAUUGGGUGUUGCAUAACUUUGUUUAUGAAAUAAAUAUGUAAUUGUUGUGUUAUUUGUUCACUUAUGUUCCCUUUAUCUAAUAUUAGGUUUUGGUUGAAGAUCUGAUAACAUUCAGUAUCACAAAUAUGCAAAAGUAGAGAAAAUUAGAAAGGGGGCAAAUACUUUUUCAUAGCACUGUAUGCAAUUUUUAUUAAACAAGCAUUGUUCUCUAUUCUCUUAUUUUAUUCUCUUUCUCUCUCUCUCUCUCUUUCUCUUCUCUCUCUUCUCUCUCUCUGUAGGGAUGAUUGAGAUAGUGAAGGAUGCCACCACUAUUGCCAACAUCCAGCAGAGCGUUGUGGGAAGCACAGGAGCAUUCAAGGACGAGAUCCUCAACCAGUGGCUGCGGGACAAGUGUGUGAGCGAGGAAAAGGUAGCUAGCUAUAGUUACUCCUACGGUGCUGCAAAUGUCUCUCAGCAGUAGAGGAUAUAACAGCUCCGCAAAGGGGGAAGGAAACAGCCCUGCUGCAUUUCCUGUUACCCAGGGCUUUGUCUGCAGCACUAUUCAUGUAGACUCAGACUAUGUAGGCUGAAGCACCUCCACAUUUUCAGCUCUGCUAUGUCUAUUUUUGAAUUGGCCUUUUAGAAAUAUCCCCAUGCAGCAGAGUCACCAUAGCUUUAGGAUGAAGGUAUACCACAGAAGAUACCACAGCAAUAGCAGAUAAAUGGAGAAAGAUGAAACACAGUUUGAGUCAAUGUGUUUGAUCUAAUGUUGUCUGUGGAAAUAAUCGAGCAGAGCUGGUUGUAUGAAAUGGAAGCUCACAAAUGCUUUUCAUUUCCUACACUUUGUCUCUAUCACUUCCCCUCUCUCUGUCUCUCUGUCUCUGUCUCUGUCUCUGUCUCUCUUUCUGUCUGUCUCUGUCUCUCUCUGUCUCUGUCUCUCUCUGUCUCUCUCUCUCUCUCUCUCUCUCUCUCUGUCUCUGUCUGUCUCUGUCUCUGUCUCUGUCUCUCUGUCUCUCUCCCCCCUGUAGUUCCAGCAGGCGGUGGAGAGGUUUUUGUUCUCCUGUGGAGGGUACUGUGUGGCCACCUACGUCCUGGGGGUAGGAGACAGACACAACGACAACAUCAUGAUCACUGAAUCUGGUACCAGAGCUCAUCCUCAUCUCCCUAUAGCACAAGCAUGAUACAGUACUUGACUUUAAGUGGUUGCCAAAACAUUAGGAAUACAAUCCACAAUAUUCUAAAUAUGUGGGUGAACCCAUAGAACGUUAUUUGCUGUUCAUCUGAAUGUAGUAAUUUGUUUCUGAUGUAUUGGAUGGUUUAUCUAUAACAUGCUUUUUUCCACUUGAUAUGUCUGCCCACAGGUAACCUGUUCCACAUAGAUUUUGGCCACAUACUGGGGAACUAUAAGAGUUUCCUAGGUAUCAGUAAGGAGAGGGUUCCCUUCGUCCUCACCCCAGACUUCCUCUAUGUCAUGGGCACAUCAGGGAAGAAGAGCAGCUCACACUUCCAGAAGUUCCAGGUACUCAAACUAACAUGUUGUCUAACCAGUAAAGAUACAUACACACACACAUUUAACUACAGUAUUGAUCUCCUCUAGGGUACUAACACACCUAUAACUACCCCCUCUCUCCCAGGAUGUGUGUGUGCGGGCCUACCUGGCUCUGAGGCAUCACACCAACCUCCUCGUCAUCCUGUUCUCCAUGAUGCUGAUGACGGGCAUGCCUCAGCUCACCAGCAAAGAAGACAUCGAGUACAUCCGUGAGGCGCUGACUGUGGGCCGGCCGCAGGAGGAGGCAGAGCGCCACCUGCUGGACCAGAUAGAGAUUUGCAGGGACAAGGGCUGGACCGUUCAGUUCAAUUGGUUUCUACACUUGGUGCUGGGCAUCAAGCAGGGGGUGGAGAAACGCUCGGCUUAGGGGUCUCCCCUUAUGGUGCUAAUGGCUUAGUGGGCUGACAACACCAGAGUGAUGGGUUUGAAUCCCAUAUGGGCCACAUAUGUGAUAAUUGUAAACCACUUUUGGUAAGAUUACUAUGUCGAUUGGACUCCCAAAUAAGGAGAGAGGGAGCUAUAGUCACGGAUUAAAGUCUGGUUCUAAAGGUUUGUCAACCCUUCCUCAAUGAUGUUCCGAUGCAUUACCCAUUGACUGUAUCAUGGACUGUAUACAGUACCAGUCUUAUUUUUGCACUUUCAAGAUCAAAGCCUGAUCUUACCAUAUGUUUAUGAGUUAUACAUAAAUAUUGACUCCUGUUCGCUUCCUAAUGCACUGAAUCCGAUUGUAUCAUCUGUUAAUAUAACAUCAGACUUGCAUGAUUGAUGGUGGUAAGGAAUACCAUAAUAAACCUGAUCAUAGAGGAAUAUAGUUAUAUAUUACCUCCCAUCGCUAGAGGGCGACAUGCAGAUUUUAAACUGAGUGACACCAAACUCAUCAGAGGAAGAGGUC